CGUCAGAAAGAGGGAAAUAUUUCUAUCUAGUAAAGAACCCUAACAAGAGAUUUUAGGGUUUUGCGAGAGGGAGAGAGAUGGGCGACAGUCAGUACUCGCUUACUACUUUCAGUCCAUCGGGGAAGCUCGUCCAGAUCGAGCAUGCUCUCACAGCUGUGGCCGCCGGGCAGACCUCGCUCGGGAUCAGAGUCCGGAAUGGAGUUGUCAUUGCGACCGAGAAAAAACUUCCAUCGAUUCUUGUCGAUGAAACAUCUAUCCAAAAGGUCCAGAAUGUGACUAGCAAUAUCGGCAGCGUAUACAGUGGCAUGGGUCCGGAUUCACGGGUGCUCAUGCGUAAGAGCCAGAAGCAAGCAUUGCAAUACUUCCGUCUUUACAAGGAACACAUUCCUGUCUCCCAACUGGUCAGAGAAAUCGCGGCUGUCAUGCAGGAAUUCACGCAGUCGGGUGGUGUACGUCCAUUUGGAGUGUCGUUGCUUGUCGCCGGCUUCGAUGACGAAGGUCCGCAUUUAUAUCAGGUCGAUCCGUCAGGUUCAUACUUUUCAUGGAAAGCAUCCGCGAUAGGCAAAAAUGCUUCCAACGCCAAGACCUUCCUGGAAAAGAGGUACACGGACGACCUGGAACUGGAAGAUGCAGUCCACACGGCAAUCCUGACUUUGAAAGAAGGUUUCGAGGGGCAAAUUUCCGGGAAGAAUAUCGAGAUUGGCAUCGUGGGGUCGGACCAAAAGUUCAGAGCCCUCACGCCCGCUGAGAUUGACGACUAUUUGGCGGAAGUAGAGUAAUUGGAUCGAGAAUCGGGACUGUUUUAAGCCCUCUGUUCAAGUGAACGAAGAACAGCAAUGAUAUUUUCCGAAUAGUACUCAAGAUGUCACUUUUUGCUUUGGAACACUGCAUCUAUUAUCUAUCUGGGUGGCAUUUUGGAGCUGUU